UCUUCCGGGUCUUAGAGGAGAUGAGAGGGGGUUGGGCUGCGCCUGGGGUUCCCGGGACACGGAUUGCCCAACUCCCGUUUAUUGCCGUCACCGGGAGACCUGCCGGGAUUGCUGCGAUGUGUUGGGAGCCCAUGCAGAAAGUGACACCACACGACCUUGCAUUUCGUGCCCUUGCCCUCCGCCCCCUGGCCUUGGCAAGGCGACGCUGCUGUGAGCCCUCCUGCAGCAGAUCCCGCAGAGAAAGAAAACGGGGUGUGGCGGAAGGCGCUUUCAGCCCCAGCAGAGGGAAGGGCCCAUCAGGAGACAAACCACGCACAGGCUACUUUCCAGAGCAGUCUGGAGCAUGUGAACACACUUUGAGCCUUGAUGAGUUCCAGUAUGUGGUAUAUUAUGCAGAGCAUUCAGAGCAAAUACUCUCUCUCAGAACGCUUAAUCCGAACAAUCGCUGCCAUCCGCUCCUUCCCACAUGAUAAUGUAGAGGACCUCAUCAGAGGGGGAGCAGAUGUGAACUGUACCCAUGGCACCCUGAAGCCCCUGCACUGUGCCUGUAUGGUAUCAGAUGCUGACUGUGUGGAGUUACUCCUGGAAAAAGGAGCUGAGGUGAAUGCCCUGGAUGGUUACAACCGAACAGCCCUCCACUAUGCAGCAGAGAAGGAUGAGGCUUGUGUGGAGGUGUUGUUGGAGUAUGGUGCAAACCCCAAUGCUCUGGAUGGCAACAGAGAUACCCCACUUCACUGGGCCGCCUUUAAGAACAAUGCUGAAUGUGUGCGGGCUCUCCUAGAGAGCGGGGCCUCCGUCAACGCCCUGGAUUACAACAAUGACACACCACUCAGCUGGGCUGCCAUGAAGGGAAAUCUUGAGAGCAUCAGCAUCCUUCUCGAUUAUGGCGCAGAGGUCAGAGUCAUCAACCUAAAAGGCCAGACGCCCAUCUCCCGCCUAGUGGCUCUGCUAGUCAGGGGACUUGGAACCGAGAAGGAGGACUCGUGCUUUGAGCUUCUCCACAGAGCUGUUGGACACUUUGAAUUAAGGAAAAAUGGCAUCAUGCCACAAGAGGUGGCCAAAGACCAGCUGCUGUGUGAAAAACUGACUGGGCUGUGUUCAGCGCCAGGAACUCUGAAAACACUCUCACGCUAUGCUGUGCGCCGUAGCCUGGGACUCCAGUAUCUGCCAGGUGCAGUGAAGGGCCUUCCACUGCCAGCUUCUUUGCAGGAAUAUCUGUUACUUGUAGAAUAGCCCAGAGGAGACACUUCCACCACCAUGCAGGCAAUUCUGGGUGAGGUUUGUCCUGCAGCACCAUCUUUUUUUCAUGGAAAACAGAAAAGCAUCUGUUCCAGUUGUGUGGUUCACAGACUUCAAGGCAAUGCGUCACGGCAGUAACCUUCUCACCGCCUCCUCUCCCCAUACCCAGCAACCAAACCAAAAAAGCCCUCACUUUGUUUGCUCUUUAUUGCUUACUUGGCUUUUUUAUAUUGCGCUCUGCAGAAGAAGAGAUCUUCCCACUCCACCGCCCCUUAAGGAAAGGGUCAAGUCUGCAACUGAAUUUCUCUAGGCAAGUGAAAUGUUUAGAGAGUAUGUGUGUGGUUUUCGGGGAGGGGGUGGGGGUGGGGGUGGUGUGGUUUAACACUUCAAGAAAACCCUUUCUGACCUUUAUAAUUGAUGUGUGAAGAAGAAAGAUCACACGUCCAGUUAACAAUAAUUGUGUCCCAAGGAUGAAGUUACUGCAACCCCUGUUGUGCAGAUUCAAAAUUGGGCAUUCAGAAAGGGUUAGAGUCCUUCAGCAAUGUGCUUUCACAAAGGUGUCUUGCUGCUUUCUACAUUGAAGAGAGUAGAUUCUAAGCAAUCGUAAGUACUCAAAGUCCUGAGCCAUUCUAAAAUGGCUCUCUUCCCGAAAGCCAAUUUGCAGACAUUUUCUGCACCUCAGCUGAAGUUGAGGGAGGAUAGGCUGGGCUACCUUUUCCCGUGAGUCUUCUUCAUUCCCUAUGGAAAACUCUCUCUGCUUAGAGAUUGGAGCUGUUUUUCUUUCCAUUGUCUUGGAACCUUUGAUUUUGAAUAAAAGGCAUUGUUUGGGGGUAGGAUUGGGAAGGGAAUGAGCAAAGAACAUAUCAGAGCUUCUCUUGAGAUGGCCCACCAAGAUCUGUGUUAGUGAUACUCAACACUUAUUUUCCUAAACUAGAUCAAAUUGUUAUUGAUCUUAGAUGAAUAUGCAAAUUUGACCUUUUUUGAAAAAGCUGGUUGGGAACUACAAAAUGAAUGGGAUCUGCUGCUAAUUGAAAAACUAUGUAUGCUUUUGUCUUUUGUCCAUUAAAAAAAAGACAUUAAAGUUCUAAAAAAAGAA